AUGAAGGCGACGCACACAGCCUCUGCACUCGAACAACUGCGCGGAAUGAUCAGCGAAGCCAACGAACGCCUAGUUUCCCAUCCUACUGAGCGCCUCAAUUAUAUCUCGCAUGGUGUAAUCCUUCGCAAAUCAUUUGAAAUCAAACAUACUGGACUUGCGGCGACAUCUCUCUCUGACUAG